AUGGAGGAGCCAUCCCCGGAUAACAAGGCCGAGGCAGAGAAGCCUAAGGCGGCUGGCAAGGCAAGGGCAGCAGCUACGAAAGCUGCGAAACCGAAGGCUGCGAAGGCUGAAAAGGCGGCGAAACCUGCAGGAGCGAAAGCCAGGACGAAGAGUGACCACCCGAAGUAUAUUGAGAUGGUGAGCGACGCCAUCACAUCGUUGAAGGAGAGAAACGGUUCCAGCCUUCACGCCAUCACAAAACAUAUUGAACAAAACCAUCCGAACCUUCCUGCCAAUUGGAAGAAGACUCUUAGCGUCCAGCUGAAGAAUCUUACCAAGGCUGGCAAGCUGACGAAGGUGAAGGCGAGCUACAAGCUGGGCGAAGAAGCCAAGCCUGCCAAGCCAGCGGUGAAAAAGCCUGCGGUGAAAAAGCCUGCGGCUGCUAAGCCGGCUGCAGCUAAGGCACCAGCGAAGCCCAAGGUGGCGAAGCCUGCAGCGGUCACUGCCAAGCCCAAGGCGAAGGCAAUUGCUGCUAAGACUUCUCCUGCGAAGGCUCCGAAGGUUACCAAGCCCAAGGUAUUGAAAAAGACUGCUGCAAAGGCGAAGACCCCGGAGAAGAAGGCACCAAAGGCAAAGACCCCAGAGAAGGCUAAGGCAGUCGCAGAAGCGUCCUCGGCCACCAAGAAGUCUCCAGUGAAGAAACGUGUAGCCAAGAAGGCUAAGGCCGCCAAGUAG